AUGGCCGACCAAGAUUCCAAGAGUCCUUCCAUUCCCUCAUGGCAGCAACAAUACAAGUCGGAACCAACAGACGGGCGCGCAUCGUCCGAUACCCAACCUCCACAUCACAGCACAGAACCACCUUUGCCGUCGUCAGAACUACCUCUUCUUGAGCAAGCCAAGAAGUUCCUCGAAGACGAAUCGAUAAGAGGCGCUUCUCGUGAACGCAAAGCCGCAUUCUUACAGAAGAAAGGUCUACAAGCAGAAGAUAUAGAAAAGCUCCUUGGCCCUGAACACUCGCCCUCUCCUCCAACCCCCAACGACUCCUCUGAACUGAAGACAAUACAUGACAGCAGUCAGUCACCGGCUUCAAGGGGGCAGGGAACGGAGACAGCGUCAAAACCACCCAGUGAAGAGGCGCCACCACAAUCUAUAACAGUCACUCAGAAGCGAGAUGUUCCCCCGAUCAUCACCUAUCCCGAAUUCUUGCUCAAACCCCAAAAGCCGCCUCCGCUGGUUACUUUCGAACGCCUUGCUCACGCAGCCUACGUAUUCGCUGGCGUAUCCGCCCUGACAUGUGCCGCAAGCAAAUACAUCGUACAGCCCAUGCUCGAAUCCCUAACUGAAGCUCGCCGCGACCUUGCCGAAACGGCAAAAGCAGACCUUGAAACGUUCAACAAGAAACUUGAAUCCACGGUAUCUCACGUUCCCUACAUUCCGAGCAGCACAAUCCUCCAACAACAAAAAGCCCUAGAUGACGAUGAUGCCGAAUCCACGGAUUCAGACCCAACAGAACUUUUCCACCGCGAUAUCGCAACACAAACAUCUCCUCGGCCAUCUCGGUCUAUGUCCCUCUCCUCCUUCCAGGGCAACGAGUAUCUGUCCUCACAAGAUCCCACAACCUCGCAGUCUUCGCGCUUGCGCUCCCUGCACUCCACCCUCUACUCUCUGCUGAACUCUCAAAACAAUAGCUAUUCCCAAGACCGGCUAAAAGAAUCCAUGAGUGGCUUCCAGGGCGUUAUCGAUAAACUCGAAGCAAGUCACAACCCUUUUCAGGUUGACUUCAUGGGAUCAUUCACCGGCUACAGCGGACCGGGGUCAUCUGCGGCGACAGGUACAGAUAAUAAACAAAAGAAGCAAAUCAGCGAGGCCACGAAGUUCAAGAACGAGAUCCGUGCGUUGAAAGGCGCUUUGCUCAGUUCGAGGAAUUUUCCCACGGCGAGGCCGGCACAGCCAUUCACGUUGCCGACCAGAUGA